AUGAAAUAUUUAUCUAGUUUCCUCAAUACUGUCGCCCUUUUUUUUUUAUUCAACCGAUUUAAUCGCACCAGAAACUCACUGGGGAAGAUAAUAUUUUUUCAAACUUGCCAGAUUAUGAUUCAUCACCGGCUGGACGCAUUCCUCGCGAUAUCUAAGACAAAGUAGCGUUGGCUGAGGAGGAUAGCUUAAUCGACACGGUACAAAAGGGAAAUAGAUCCAACGGAAGUUGUAAUGGAGGAAGGUUUCAUACCCACGUUCAACCCCAUAAUUUGUCUACGCAUCAAGGCUGUUAGAACCGAGACACGAGGAAGGAAUAUGACGCGAAAUGAAAAGAACUACAGCAUAAUGAAACAUCGUGUAUCAAGACGAUAACGACCGCGUUAUGGAACUCGUUGAUGACGUCGCGUUGCUCCGCAAUUUACAUGCAAAUGUCUCGAUACCGAGCCUGCAAAACCUCUUUCACUCUUCUACCUGAAUAAUUCCGAGCGAAAAUUUACAUCGGACUAAUAAGUCCGCAAACUUUUCAAGAACGAGCCAAGGUUUCAUCUCACACCCUGCUGCCACUUUAAACAACGAUUCCCUAGGCAUCAAGCGUCUUAUCGUUGCCUGAUAAUCUGUUAUCACUCUACUACGUAUUCUUCUACAAAAUAAACCCAAUUUAAAAAACGCGUUUUAGAUAAACGUUUUGAAAUAGCUAUUCAGGUUCUGAUAUUCUGAGUAAUUUUGUUAUUUCUGCACGUUUACUGUAUGAAAUCCACAGUUUAAUCGUCGCUGACUAUAAUAAAACUUUUCUAUUGGAAACGGGCAGCAAGAAAGUUUGCUACGUACCUGGCUCCAGGCACUCUCUGGCUUGCACGACGUGGAGUCGCACGUCGCACACAACCAGCUACCAGCUAUGAAUGACGCGAGUGCGUAAGCGUAGGAGGAUGCCCCGGAAGUAGUCUCUAUUUACGUUUGCUGGAAACGGUUCGAAGGUGUACGAAGGCUCGAUCGAUUUUUCGCUCGGGUCGCCGUAAAAUAUUCGGUUCAGUCAGACUCCGUUUCGCGGAUGCUUGAACGAAAUGCUCGAGAUUCCUCGAACGCGAGGUCUUAUCAUUUCUGAUGCCUCGUGCUACGUUACACCGAGGUCGUCGCGCUUCGGAGAAAUUGCAAGACAUGGCUUUUGCACAGUACAUUGGGAUUUUUAUGAUCCUAGUUGUAGGACAAGCUCUGGCAGAUUUCAAAGUGUCGACGCAAGAUUUAAAAGUUCAUGUAGGUGACCGAAAGUCAUUCGAAUUGAUUCUGACAGAACCUCUAUCGAAAAAUGCAUCGGUACAAAUAAAUGUACAGCACGCGUUAUUGGUUUCUACUGAUCCAAAAGGUAUCAGUAUUAAUGAGAACGAGACGAAUUGGACGAUACACGUGGAAGGUCUCAGUGCUGGACACUCAAUCGUUAGCAUUAAUGUUACGCCUAGCGAUAUCGCAGAUUUUUCGCAAGCGUUUGUCAGAGUGACAAUUGAGAAAUCAGAUGCGCUUUACCACGUGAGUUCCGUGGUCGGAUGGAUAUAUUUUCUAGCAUGGAGCGUGAGUUUCUAUCCGCAAAUAUACAGCAAUUACAAACGCAAAAGUGUCGUAGGAUUGAACUUUGAUUACCUAUCGUUAAACCUGGUCGGUUUUAUUAUGUACGCGCUUUUUAAUUGCGGCUUGUAUUGGAUACCAGAAGUAGAGUUUCAGUAUUUUAGCAGAUAUCCUAAAGGAUUAAAUCCUGUACAAGUGAACGAUAUCUUUUUUGCCUUGCACGCAACAUUUGCGACUGUGAUAACGAUUGUUCAGUGCUUUAUUUACGAGACUGGAUCUCAGAGAGUUUCUACCACGGCACGUAUUAUUCACGGAAUCUUUGCCAUUUUUAUUAGCAUUUGUUUGUUAUUAGCUAUAAUCCAAACGAUAGAGUGGCUCCAGUUCCUGUAUUACUGUAGUUACGUUAAACUAAGUAUAACGUUAAUCAAAUACGUGCCACAAGCAUUUUACAAUUACAAAAGGAAGUCUACCGUCGGCUGGAGUAUCGGCAACAUAUUUUUAGACUUCACCGGUGGUAUUUUGUCCAUGCUCCAAAUGAUACUCAACGCGUACAAUUAUGAUGAUUGGGAUAGUAUUUUCGGAGACCCAACGAAAUUUGGUUUAGGAUUUUUUUCCGUUGCAUUUGACAUAUUUUUCAUUAUACAGCAUUACGUUUUAUAUAGACUAGAUAACGGGAAUGCGAGAAGUAACGAAACGCUGCAUAGGUCGGAGAAAUCGUACGAUCCGGAUUUGGAGGCGCCCCUAAAACAAUCUGGUUGUUGCGGUCUGCUGACUUGCAGAUAGAAAAGCUACAGAACCCCCAAAAGAAUUCAGUAUUUUCUUAAAUUCCAUUCGAACUAAGUGCGUUUAACGAGAUUACUCUUCUGUAUCUUUGCGAAUCUCAGAUGAUUGCUAAUCAUGCAAUAGAAGAGAAGAACCCGUUGAUACAUAUUAAUGUACCAAAUAAAAGGGUUUAGAACUUAUUGUUCGAGUGUGGUGAAUAGGAGUGGUGUUGGUAUUUGUCGUUAUACAACGCACGAGAAUGGACAUUAUCCAGUUAUGAGUAAACUGUUCUUUUUACAUUUAUAUUGGAAUUGUAAUAAAACAAUUGCAUGGUUUUGUGGACUUCAGCUAUAUAAAUGCGAACAGUCACCUAUCACAUUUCAAUAUAGUAUCUUAAGUUGUAGUUUAUAUUGUGUCAGUGUGCUGCUACAUAUAAGCAUGCAGCAUGUGUUAAAACUAUUCCUACACCACGAGAUAAAAGGGUUCUAAUAAUUCUGCGCCACGGAAUUUCUAUAAUUAAUUAUUGUAAAAAAGUGUUUUUUAUACGUUUCAUACUGUUUUCCAUUAUAUUCUUAUGAAACAAUAAAAAUGUUAGUAUUGA